AUGGCACAAUCAAUUGGUGUUAUCGGCGGUGGCAUCACCGGCCUAGCGUGUGCGUUCGUCCUGUCGUCGAAAUUCAACGUCACAAUCGUGGCGAGAGAUCUUCCGGGAGACCUCGGGCAAGGCUGGGCAAGUCCCUGGGCCGGAGCGACCUUCCAUCCACAGAGAGACGCGACCAAGUCCGAACAGCAAAUGCAACGCACCUCCUUCAGAUUCUACUGGGAGCUCGCGCAGCGGAAUCCGUCAAGUGGCGUGAAAGCGCUCCCCAUGACCGAGUACUUUGAUAGCGAGACCAGGGAAGCAGACCUCUGGUAUCGCGAUCUCAUGCCCGACUGGCGCGUCCUUCCUGCUUCGGAAAUACCUUCGGGUCUGAAGACGGGCGUCGCCUAUACAGCUGUGGCCAUGAACCCGCAGCUGCUGCUGCCCUGGCUGCAAGAGACGCUGGUAUCAAGGGGGGUGAUAUUCAUCCGUGCAGAAGUCACCAGCUUCGAUGAAGCUCGCUCGAUCACCAAAUCCGAGAUCAUCGUCAAUGCCUCCGGUCUUGGAGCGGGUAUCCUCGCACGGGAUAACGCGGUGCGUCCUAUUCGGGGCCAGACGAUGUUCGUGAAGACGGAUUUCGGGCGCUUGGUCAUGAUGGAGGGCUCGGAGUAUACGUAUAUCAUACCGAGACCCGGGUCGGGCGGAGCGAUCAUUGGCGGGGUCAAGUCUCCGAGGCUGGACUCGGAGGUUGACGUCUCGCUGAAGAGUGAUAUCCUUCGACGUGUUAAUCGUGUCAGUGACGGGGCUUUUGAAGACAUCGACCUGGAUACAGUGACCGACGUUGUUGGUUUUCGGCCCGGAAGGGAUGGUGGGUUGAGAAUCGAACGGGAAGGCGACGUGAUCCAUGCAUAUGGGGCAGCAGGGGCCGGUAAGUCCAAUAUCUCCGGGCUCUUUAUCUGCGCUCUAGGAAAGGAAAGGUGA